UUUCCCCAAUCACGUGCUACCGGCGCAUAAAUUAAUUUGUUCGGAUGACGGGGAUAGGAUUAUAUUCAUUGAUAAAGUGUACGAAUCUUAAGUUGGUUAGAUCAAUUUUGGUGAAUAAAGACUUGCCUACUCUCUGGUAAUUUUGCACGGCUAAGAAAUGUCGAACGGAGAAAACAGUGUGGAUGGCAGUGUGUCAUCGCCGAACGAGGAAUUAAAUAUUUCCGAGAUGGAAUCGGACAACCUCAGUGAAAACGGGGAGGGAGGAGGUCAUUCCGAAAAAAUGGACCCCGCCGAUAGGGAACUUUACGAGAAGUUAAAAAGGCAAGAAAGGGAGGAAAGAGAAGAAAUAGAAAGGGAAUUAAAAAGAGCCCACGAGGAGGCUAUUGUGAGGAGACACGAGGAAUUAAGGGCCAAGGAACUAAGGAUGCACGCGGAGAGGAUUCAACAGUUGGAACAGGAAAGGGGCCAGGACCUUAGAUUGAACAAACAUCUCCCUCACUCCGAGGAAUUCCGUGCCCAUAGGGAGGGGCUGUCUCUGUCCGAGUCCCCCCGUCUGGACAUUCUUUCCCACAGUGCUUUCCUGGCGGAACGUUACCAUAGGAACUCCCACUCCCCCCAGAGUCCGACCUCCAUCAGCCCCACGGGGGACGGGCCAACUCAUCACUGGACUUUCGAGGAGCAGUUCAAACAGCUUUAUGAAUUAAGUGAAGAUCCGAAGAGGAAAGAGUUUCUAGAUGACCUGUUUCAGUUUAUGCAAAAAAGGGGAACCCCAGUGAACAGAAUCCCCAUCAUGGCAAAACAGACACUUGACUUGUAUGAGCUCUUCCGAUUGGUUGUAUCAAAAGGAGGCUUGGUGGAAGUCAUUAAUAAGAAACUUUGGAGGGAAAUUACAAAGGGUUUAAAUCUCCCCUCGUCCAUUACUAGUGCGGCUUUCACUCUCAGAACUCAAUACAUGAAAUACCUGUAUCCUUACGAAUGUGAGAAGCUCAAAUUGAGCUCUCCACAGGAGCUUCAAGCUGCAAUUGAUGGAAAUAGACGUGAAGGUCGUAGGUCAAGUUAUGGCUAUGACCUUUCACCUGGACCAACCCUGAUCCCAACAGCCCAUCACCCACACCUGAACGGAAAUCUACUUAAUGGUAAAUUUGGAGGCAGCACAUCAGCUGGAUUUUUUUCCAAUGCAGACCGUAGAUCACCACUGACAAGCUUACAGAAACUGUGGCAACUACAGGCACACCAACUCUGUAGUGAAGAGGAAAGUAUGCCUCCCACCUCAACCCACCACCACCGCACUCUGACAGAGCAUCACCUUACAGAACGCGACGCAAUCGCCAUGGAGGCUGCAUCACGGGUCAUGGAACACGCUACACGUAAAAUGGAAGAGGCAUCACGUGCUGCAGCUCUCGUAGAGGAACCACCAAGAAAAAGGUUGAUGACAUCAGAAGAAGAACGGAUAAUCUCACAUAACAAUAUGCCAAGCACACAUAUAAAGAUCACAAGCAGAAAUGAUGGUAGAACAGAAAUAGACAAUUCACUUGUGGUGAGCAUGGAAAUUAACGGAAUCAUGUAUCAAGGAGUUCUGUUUGCACAUCAACCCAGGAGGCUGUGAACAAUUCAUUUAUAUCAGACUAUACACAUCAAGGAUUUCAUCAGAAACUGGCCAGUCAUUAGCCAGUAAUAAAGUGGGCAUAUAGAACAUGGAAUUUCAUUGGUUGCCUGAUGCAUACAUAACAGAGCAGUUAACCAAUCAAAAAUCAUUUUACAAAUGAAACUUGCCAUAGUGAUGUUCUGGUCGUCCUGGUGAAGUUUUCAACAGACAGGGUUACCAUGGUCACCAGGGUUCAGAACAAUUUGGAGUGGUGCAAUAUCUUGAAUCAAGAUGGCUGCUACAAUAUGAUGUGUGAUAUAAGGACAGAUUGGUAAACUUGACAAUGUUGGACAUUCGGGUCAAAGUAAUGACCUUGACAUUGAAUAAGGUUAUUAAGGUCGGAGUGAGGGUCGGGUGUGAAUUAGAGUUUAGAGGUGUAUGACUGUGAUGUGAGAAUGAAAUGUGACCUUAUCUUAUUGUGUGCAAUGAGGAAUCUCACUAAAGAGCAACGUAGUAGUAUGUAUGUAUGUACAAAUUUAAUUGUUUCAUAUAUAAUGUAAAAAUGUUAUAGCCACGAUUUAUCUCCCUACCCAAAUUAAUGAAACCUUUUAUUUGCCUGAACCAAACACCCCUGUGAUCUUACAGGGUACACACAGACACCCAUCAUGUUACCAUCCCUGGGGGCAAAGCUUCUUUUUAUAUAUAUACAAGUUCAUUUGAAAAAUAAGUUCAAUAAUAUAAGUGUUCUAUUUAUUUCAGAAAACCAAAUCAAAUUGUUUUGUUUUUUAAUUCUCUGAACAUCAAGCUUAUCUCAAAGAUAAGUAUUUGACAAUGUUAUGAAAAAUAAAAACUUGAUCAGAUUUUGUCCAAUAAUAUUUUGGAAGUUAAAAUAAAUUAUAUUUCUAAUGAUGUUAUGAUAUUUGGCAGUCAUUCUGCAUGUCAUUUCCUCUUACGUCCUUUUGAUAUGAAGUUAUUACAUUAAGGUAGUUAUCACACUUUUAAAAUGUGAAUGAAAAGUGUUUUGUUUUUAUGUGACCUGUCAACAUGAAAUCUAAACCAAUAUGAUAUAACGUGAACAUAUUUUAGUAGGGUAUCUUCAGACGCAUGUGGGUUACCAUCCUUAUCACAGACAGGCCGGAAAUAUCGCUCCUGCUCAGAAUGAAAUAAACUGACAUUUAUUGGUAAUAAAAUAUAAAACCAGCAAAUAUGAGUAAGGCUGUGUUUUAGUUUCACAUUUCUCCAAAUUUAGGAUAACUUUCCUCAUUUCUGUGUGUAGGAUAAGAAAAUCUUCUUUUCACGGGAAUGUGGUCAGAAUUUUGCUUAGGUUUUACAAAGCAUUUUUUGAUAAUUUUA